UGUGUGGAGCAGCAUGAGGAAGUUGCUCCACCUCCCAGCUGCGGCCGCCGCGCUGCUCCCUCCCUCGGAGCUGCAGAGCCUCCUCUCACUCGGCGUCUCUCUCCAGCUCCUUCCUUACCUCUUUCCUUACCUCUCCGGACCUCGGCUCGCGUCUCCGCCGGCGGUGACAUGGCCAUUUCCAUCUCCGUGCAGGCGCUUGGGCUCAUCGUGCUGGCUACAGUCCUCCUGCAGACCAUCGCUGUGGCCGUCAGCUUCAUGUACUUCAACAAAGUCCUCAGCUCGAUGCAGGAGAGUUUCUCCCGGAGCAGCGUGUCCUGUCUGGUAAACGCAAAGCUGGACUUGGAGUUUGAGGAUCCACCAACAGAGGACAAAAAAAGUGACCCCUGUUGGCAGGUCACAAAACAGCUCCACUAUCACAUAGAGAAGAAGAUUGCUGACAGAUUCCAGAGGGAGAUAUCCACUGCUAUGAGAAAUAAGCUGACGGGAGCGCUGCCUGUACUGCACCCCGGGGUCCGAGGGGUCCCACUACCUAAAGUCGCUGCUCACGUAACCGGCGUAGCCUCAUCGCCGACGUCGCCAGCAGAUGAAAGCCUGCUGAGCGGCAGGGGAUAUUUUGGGGAGCGCAUAAGAGCGUGGGAGGGCCAGAGAGGACUGUCCUUCCUGCAGAACAUGGAGCUGAGGGGGGGCGACCUGCUGGUGCCCAAAGCUGGCCUCUACUACAUCUACGCCCAGACCUAUUUCAGACUCCCCUCCAUAGGGGACACGGAUGGGGAAGCAAAGGAGGAAGAGGGAGCAGAGCUUAUGCAGUACAUCUACAAAAAGAUGAGUUCCUACACGGGGCCCAUCUUGCUGAUGAAGUCCUCCCGGAGCGUCUGCUGGCUCCGCGGUCAGGAGCCCGGCCUGUUCUCGUUGCAUCAGGCCGGCACUGCCUUCCUGCAGCCGGCCGAUCGCCUCUUCAUCACUGUCAGCAAUGCCAGCGCCAUGGAGAUGGACGGGAGGGCGAGCUACUUCGGCGCUUUCCUGGUGGGAUAGAGCAGAGGUCCGGGCCGGAAACGGCCGUUAGGUGGACCGAGAUGUCGCGACUUUUCCUUGAGACACAGGUUGCUGUCUGAAGCUACAGGAUUGGACGAUGAGAAGAAAUGAAUGGAGAGAACUUCUUUUGGACCGCGGGUCUGCAGGACUAUGAUCAAACUAGAAAGAAGGCCCAGUUAUUUAUGAGCGGUGGUUUCAGCCCGUCCUCUUUCCUGAUGGUAAACGGAGGGGGCUACACGGGGGCGGUACCAGGGGGGGCAGUGCCCACCCACGGACAUGCUCUGCCCACCCAAGGAAAACUGGAUGUAGUGUUGACGGCAGUCUGGGCACGACAGUGAUAUCCCAUUCAUCUAUUACUGUGUAUGUAUGUAGGUGAUUAGUGGAUUCACUGUCAUGUAGAGUGAACUCUCCAAUGAGCACUGUUGAAUCACAAAGCUCCCACCCCUGCCACUGCUGAGCGAGCUGAGUGGGUCAGUAGUGUCGUCAGCUCUGCGUUUCUGUCGCUAUAUUUAGCGACUUUUCAGACCCCCCUAAGACUCUUUUUCAAAAAAGCGACAAUUCAAGCGACUUUAUCUGGUGUCAUUGGAAACUUUUGGAGACUCUGACAUGAAAGUGUUACGCCCCGUUGCCGGGGAAAAGAUAAAAAUAAAAAAAGACGCGAGCACAACACGUUGCAGCCAGUGUGUAUUGUUCAUCCGUUCACCAUCACGUUACACUGAUUCUCAUUCAACACGUCAAACAGGCAUUUUCAAUCAAUCACCGAGCAGCGCUGUUACUGUUUGCUGUUGGCCAGGCAAAACAGUUGAACCCAGAACCCACGAUCGAUCAUUGUUUUAACCUUUUUAACUCCUUUUAACACAUGAAAACAAUUAAUUACAAAUUUCUUUUUUAACUCUAUUAUAACCAUGACACACGCACAGAGCAAAGUAGCAUGCAAAAUGAAGUUGUGGUUGCAAGACCAAUGUUAAUGGAUAAACUGCCAACUGAUGUGAACCUCUCUGAAGCUUGCAAAUGCAUUCAGCAGUACAAAGAUGCAUUUCCCAUCUUGCACAGACUGUAUGUCACUGCACUAAUCAUUGGUGUGUCUUCAGCUGCAUGUGAAAGCUCUUUUUCAACAUUAACCCACAUUCUCACUCCUCUGCUGCAUUCACGGAAGAGAGAUUUAGUCAUUUUGGCCCAUGAGAAAGAGAUUACAAGGAAUCUUGACAUGAAUAGAUUUGUGACAGAAUUUGCCGAGAUCAGCCGCAGACUUGUCCCGUAGAUGGUACCUGGGAUAAUAAGGAUUUACUCUGUAACCUAACCUGUUGCUUUAUUACCUGCACAUCUCAUUAUGUUCUAAGUUCUACCUUUGUGUCUUUUCCUCCUCUAUCACCUUAGAAAAAAACAAAACAAAACAAAAAAAAUGUUAUCGCCUGCAUGUUCAUAUGUUCAGUUAUGGAUUUAUUUGAGAGAGGAGAAAACAAAACAUGUUUUAAGGUGCAGUAGGCCUACGCUGGAUUUUGCACUAGUUGAGCAUUGCGACUUUUUUUUUUGCCCUUCCCCGGGUAAGACUAAUGCCCACCCACACCUGGCAUCCUGGUAACACCACUGGUGCUCCAUGACAGAUAAAGCGGGCAUCACUACAGUACACACAGAUUGUAUGUUGUGGAUGCCCCCGUAGAGGGAAGAGCAACGUCUUUUGGAGGUGAAGAAGUCAGGAGUUGAACUCCUCCUUUGAGGUGAUGACCAAUCGACACAGAUGUUGUUAGUGAAGUUUUCAAUGUGUUUAUUGAAUUUCUUUUGUGAAAUGUCCGGGGAGAUGGACUGUCGUCCCCGGAGCCUUAAAGCGAAGAACUGACCGAGCAGAAAUAUUCAGUGUUUUUAGAGUGAACACAUCCUGCCUUUCCCACAUACCUGACAAGUGUUGAAUAACUGUUGUACUUUAUCUCAGGGUGGAAGAAAGAUAAAAUCUUUAAGCUUAUAGUUGGAGUUUAGCACCGUGAGGUAAUGUUCCACGUCCUUAGUAAAUGUCUUACCUUUCAUGCUAAAUAAAAGCAGUCAUUUUCUAACCACAAAUCUCAAUCCGUCCCUAGCUUCGCUGUUAAAACUAUAAGCUUUAUUUGGGUUGAGGAGGCUGACACCACCUCCACCUGUAAAACCCAACUUAAAACAUUUGUUUAGUAAAGCCUCUAGUUGGUGUAAACUUUAGUGUGUUAGGCCCAGUAGAUCUGCUGCCAUAGGCCUACGCUGCAGGGGGGCACCACUGAACAGUGCCCCUCACCCCUUCUUCCUCUCUUUCCUUUCGUCAGAUGGACCCUCCGUUAUUUAUUAGAAGUAUCUCAUCACCAUAAUUGUUCCCCAUUGUUCUUGUAGUUUGUUGUGCUGGUCUGCCCCCCUCCUUUUUUCUUCUAUUCAUGUUUGCAGGCCAGAGCUUCAGGAGCUGCAUGCUGCCCUGCAGUCCCCCCUCUGAUCAUCCCACUGCUGCUGCCACCUGUCUCCUGUCUGCAUAGAUGUCUGUUGGAUACUUACUGACAUCCUGACCUGCAGUUCCACACUAUAACCACCCCAGUGUCUGCUGUCUACAUCUGUUUAUAAUCCCUGUAGUGCACCAGCUAAGCAUUGUGUCUGUCUCUCCUUUCUCUGUUCUUCAUUCUCUGUCUGUUCUCUCUUUUCCUGCUCUGCCCAGCUGGCCUCCGGCAGGAGGGUCCCCCCUUAUGAUCCAAGUCCUGCUCAAGGUUUCUUCCCUCCUAAAGGGGAGUUUUCCUGCCACUGUUUGGCUUAACGUUUUUCUCCCCCUAGGGGAGUUUCUACCAGUCAUUGUAUAUGUAAUAAUUGCUCGGGGGUCAUGUUCUCGGUCUCUGGAAAGCGCCUAGAGAAAACUUGUGUUGUAAUAGACGCUAUAUAAAUAAAACAAUUGAAUAAUGAAA